CCUCCAUGAACAAGGUUGGAGUCUUGUCAAAGCCUUCUAUUUUCCUGCGAAUUCUUGGUCAGUCUGGCGCUUCACUUGUUACAAUACGAGGACCUUUGUCUUAUUGUCAGGGUGUUUUCAUUUGUAGAAGUAUUUCGGAGUCUCAGGCUGACACAGAUGGCUUGCCGUUGAGCCACGUAAUUACCAGAGAGAGCAAGGUGGAUAGUUCAGUCGCCCAGCGACUUGAAGCACGACAGGGUAGUGCUAAUGAGUUCAUCAAGUACAGAGGCCAUGAUGGGGUCAUGAGGCGUACUCGGACACAGGUUCCCACUCGUUUGAUCAAGGCAAUGAAGAUCUUGAUGGAAAAGUACCCAAUGGAAUCAGUUACAGCAAAGGCAGAACAGCUUGUUAAGUACCUAACACAAAGACAACCGCCCCUGUCGGAUCAAGAAAUAAAUGAUAAAGCAGUGGCAGUUGAAAGGAAAUUGCUAGAAAAAGAUCCAAACAAGUUUGAAAAUUUGAGUGGAGCUGACCUAGAGGAUGCAAUAGAUCAACACAGAAAAGCUGUUUUGUCAAGGCUACGAAAGACUAUCUAUAACUGGAAACCAAUGAACUUUGAUGCUUUCACCUCUUACACCUACAUGGUUGGAAGGACGUCUUUUGACUUCUCUGUCAUUAUGCAGUGUUUUACAGAGAUAUCAAAACGAGAUCUGGACUUCCAGCCGUCCACUGUGUAUCACUAUGGGUCAAAGGUCGGGGCCUGUGUCUGGGCGGCUGACAAAACAUGGCGGAGCAUUGGAGAGCACUACUGUGUGGAUAGUUCGUCCCACAUGAGCACCAUAGCAAGGCUGUUGCUGCAAGAUGGUAACGAGCAGGAGACAGUGAUGUCUAUAAAGGGUGUCCACUUCAGACAGUUUGAGCCUAGCCCAAAAGAGAACAAGUUUUCCCUGGUGGUCAGCCCGUUCAUGUUGAUAGAACAACCCUCGGCCGAGGAGAGGAUGAACCUGGUCCUCAGCUUGUGGGAAAUGACCGAAUCCUACCUGGUACUGAUUGAAAAUGGGACAACAGCAGGAUUUAAUUUGAUAAAUGAAGCGAAGGAAUUUCUUUUGAAUGUUUCUCAGGUGGAUGGCACAAGCCGGUUCCAAGGUCACGUGUUUGCACCAUGCCCGCAUGACAAGCCAUGUCCCAAGCUGAGGGAACAGAAGAUGCCUUGUCUCACAGAGUGUGUCCACAAGGAAGUCGAUAUCAAGUCCAGUAAAUUAAGUGAAAAGCCCAAGAAAAAUGCAAGAUAUUCAUAUGUUAUUCUGAAAAAAGGAGUAAGAGAAGAAGAGGAGUUUGGCUGGCCGCGGGUUCUACGUCAGAUCAAGGCCAAGCGCCACACCCACUGCCAUCUGUGCCUGCCCUGUGGUCAGCUGCAGCAUGUGGUCAUCACUAAGGGCAAGUUUGACAAGCACACAUACGGCUGUGCCAGGUAUGUGACACAAGGCGAUCGGCUGCCUCUCAGUCUGUCCCGUCAGCCGGGUGCGGUGCCACACGAACCCUCAGAGGAGCACAUACCUGUUGACUGGGGGGAAGAAGAACCAGAACAGUCGGGAACUGGGGAUGAUGGGAACAGUGAUGACGAAACCACACCUCUGCAGAGAUGAUGAUGACCCAACAGCGAGAAUGUGAUGUGAAGUGAAGAGCUUUGUGACCAAACGGAAGGAGUUCCCCAGAGGGCCGGCCUACCAACAACACACAAGAGGGGAUGUUUUGAGUUUGAGCAGGACAUACCCUAAUCCUAACCUUAACCUUAACCCCUAAACCUUUACCCUAACCAAUUCUUGUGAAGUUUGCUCUGUUGACCUUGUCACGGUAAGUGCCGGCCCUCUGCAGAACUCCUCCUGACCAAACAUGUAGUCUAUAAAUAGUGAAAAACAUAGAUGCGGUUGAUUAUUAUAUUCUCUGUCUGACUGUAUUGAAGAAAAAGCUCAAUUGAAGCAGUAUAGAGUCAUUAGUUAUUUUAUCUCGCUGAAAUAUAUUCUGAAGUUGUCCCCACACCAACCUGAAGGGAGGUGGAGUUGUG